GCGGAAGUAGAAUUUUGAAAUAUUUCGUCCACGGAGCUGUUGAGGCUGUGCUGGUGAGAGGCGGACAAAUUGUCGACAUUUUCCGUUAAUUUAGGCAAACAAGACCCCGCUGAGGUUCCGGUACCGCUCGGUUCACGGCCCAGUUCUUAUCUUCUAUCAGGUAAAACCGACAAGAUCUGAAGGUUACAGAAGACAUUUAAAGCUAAGCCACAUUUUGAUUGGACUUCACUCGCUAUGAAGGCACUUGGCAAGGCGACGCUGCAGCAGGAAGCCGCCAUCUGCUCAAUCUGUCUGGAUCUACUGAAGAGUCCAGUAACUAUCGCCURUGGACACAGCUACUGUAUGAGCUGCAUUAAUGUCCACUGGAAUAGAGAACAUCACUCUAGAGUCUACAGCUGUCCUCAGUGCAGACAGAGCUUCACCCCAAGGCCCGUCCUGGUAAAAAGCACAGUGUUGGCUGAUUUAGUGGAGCAGUUAAAGGAUAUUGGACUCAAUAAGACUAAAGCUGAUCAAUGCUAUGCUGGACCUGAAGAUGUGGUCUGUGAUGUCUGCACUGGGAGGAAGAGGAAAGCUGUCAAGUCAUGUUUAUCAUGUCCAGCUUCUUACUGUGAGGAUCACCUCCAACCUCACUAUGAUGCUCCACCAUUAAAAAAGCACAAGCUGGUGGAUCCUUCAAAGACUCUCCAGGAGAACAUCUGCUCUCGUCAUGAUGAGGUGAUGAAGAUCUUCUGUCGUACUGAUCAGCAGUGUAUCUGUAAUCUCUGCACUAUGGAAGAACAUAAAGGCCAUGAAACAGUCCCAGCUUCAACAGAAUGGACUGAGAARCAGAAKAAGCUCCAGGAGAGUCGACAACAAAUCCAKCAGAGAAUCCAGRACCRAGAGAAAGAUGUGAAGCUGCUUCAACAGGAGGUGGAGGCCAUCAAUGUCUCUGCUGAUAAAGCAGUGGAGGACAGUGAGGAGAUCUUCACUGAGCUGAUCCGUCUCCUCCAGGAAAGAAGCUCUGAUGUGAAGCAGCAGAUCAGAUCCCAGCAGGAAACUGAAGUGAGUCGAGUCAAAGAUGUUCAGGAGAAGCUGGAGCAGGAGAUCAGUGAGCUGAAGAGGAAAGACGCUGAGCUGGAGCAGCUCUCACACACAGAGGAUCACAACCAGUUUCUCCUCAACUGCCCCUCACUGCCAACUCUCAGGGAGUCGACACACUCAUCCAGCAUCAACAUCCGUCCUCUGAGACACUUUGAGGACGUGACAGCAGCUGUGUCAGAGCUCAGAGACAAACUACAGGACGUCCUGACUGAGGACUGUAGGAGCAUCUCUUGUGUCAUCUCUGAUGUGGACGUUUUACUCGCUCGACCAGGCGCAAUGAGCCGAGCUGAUUUCUUGAUGAUCUCAGUUUCAGUCUCUCUGGAUCCAGAUACGAUGUAUAGAGACAUGCUACUCCCCGUGUCGUACCACAAAACACGGUAUUUGAAGCAGAACCAGAGUCUUCCAAGUCAUCCUGACAGGUUCACUUACUACUUUCAGGUUAUGAGCAAUGAGGGUCUGUUGGGUCAGAAUUACUGGGAGGUUGAGUGGAGAGGAGGCGGAGCUUGUGUUGCUGCGGCGUACAGAAGCAGUACAGUGGCUGAACGCACAUUUGGAUUCAACAACAAAUCCUGGGCAUUAAACUGCACUCAAACCAGCUACACAUUUUUUCACAACAGCGUUGGAACUCCAGUAUUGGGUCCAGUUUCCUCCACAAUAGGAGUCUAUCUGGAUCACACAGCAGGAAUUCUGUGUUUCUACAGCGUCUCCGGUACCAUGACUCUCCUCCACAGAGUCCAGACCAGAUUCACUCAGGCCAUUUAUCCUGGACUGAGGUACCAAAUGUCUAAAGGAGACACUGCUUCAUUUAUUAAACCACAAUAAUAUCCUGGUGUUUUGUGGAUAUUCUCUUUUUGGUUCCUUUCAGUUGGAACCACCAGUUGUACUAGUAAAACAGAAACUGGUUCUGAUCCAUAAUCUUCUUCAGUGACAUAUGACUUAAUAUUUAAAUAGGGAUGUGAACAGGAUGUUUAAAUAGUUUUCACAGCAGCUGCAAUUUGUGUUCUCUAGUGUGAUGCAAAUGGAAAUUAACAUUGAACACUUAAAAUUGAGCCGAGCAGCCUUUUAAAUCCACUGAGUUAUUAAAACAAAUAUAGGGUUAACAGUGUUCAGUUGAAAGUUCUUCCUUGUUCCUUCCUCCAAACACAAUGAUGUGUGGAACCAGUAACGCUCCCUUCAGUAACCUGAUAUUUACAGCUGAGCUCAAACAGUUUCUGUUCUGCAGAAGAGAAACUCAAACAGCCGUUGCAGAGAGCAGAAAUGGAGCAGAGAGGAGUUUGGCAAUACCAAGGCAACUUGUCUUGUUCCAUUUGUCUGGAUCUACUGACGGAUCCAGUGACUAUUCCCUGUGGACACAGCUACUGUAUGAACUGUAUUAGAAACCACUGGGAUGAAGAAUAUACAGCCGCCUUCAGUGCAGAAAAACCAUAAGACGAAAGCUUGUUUUAAAAAAUAAAAAACUUCACAUUAGCUGCUUUAGUGGAAGAUCUGAGGAAGACUGAACGCUGAGCUGAUCACUGCUAUGCUGGACCUGAAGAUGUGACCUGUGAUGUCUGUACUGAGAGGAAGAGAAAAGCUGUCAAGUCCUGCUUAUCCUGUCUCGCUUCCUACUGUGAGCUGGAGCAGCUCUCGCACAGAGGAUCACACCCAGUUUCUCCUCAACUACCCCUCACUGCCAGCACUCAGGGAGUCGACACACUCAUCCAGCAUCAAGAUCCGUCCUCUGAGACACUUUGAGGACGUGACAGCAGCUGUGUCAGAGCUCAGAGAUGAACUACAGGACAUCCUGAGAGACUCAUGGACAAAAAUCUCAGUUGCAGUAACUAAAGUGGAUGUUCUGUCAGAAUCAAAACCAAAGACCAGAACGAGAUUCUUAAAAUAUUUACAAGAAAUCACUCUGGAUCCAAAUACAACUCACAGAAAUCUGUUAUCUGAAGGGAACAGAAAAGUAACAUUAAUGGGACAAAAACAAUUUUAUUCAGAUCAUCCAGACAGAGUCACUGCUUUGUUUUCAGGUUCUGAGCAGAGAGUGACUGGACGUUGUUACUGGGAGGUGGAGCGGGAGAAGAGUUGAUGUAACGAUUUCAUACAAGCACAUCAGCAGAGGAGAAAAAUUUGGAUUCAAUGACAAAUCUUGGUCUUUAUAUGGUUACACAAACAGUUGCAGAUUUGAUCACAACAACACUGAAACUCCAGUAUCGGGUCCAGUUUCUCCAGACUAGGAGACUAUCUGGGCCACAGAGCAGGUAUUCUGUGUUUCUACAGCGUCUCUGAAACUAUGACUCUCCUCCACAGAGUCCAGACCAGAUUCACUCAGCCGCUACAUGUUGGGAUUAGACCUGUCUGGUCUGGAUCUUCUGCUGAGUUUGUUAAACUGAAAUAUUCAGCAGUGAUCUGAGGUCCAUGUGGUUCAAAUGUGUAUUUUAGUUUGUUUCUUUAGUCGUCAUCAUUAUUGCCGAGAGCUCAGUGAUGUCAGAGAUCUGCUGUCUAUGGAGCUACUUUGUCAUCUUGCUUGUUUUGUUGAUGCUCUCCAUCUCUUUGGAGUUUUUCAGCUGACUAUUGACUUCAUGUGUCAAUGUGAAGCUUUAUUGGUUUCUAAUAGACGAUUGACUUGAUGCAUUUCUAUGUUUCUUUAAAGUCUUCUAUCUAAUAAAACGUCAUUCAUACUAACA